AUCGACGAAUUCAAUCACCGCUUUCUCACUCUAAAACCAGUAGUCUUCAUCUGAAUGCUUCUAGAGAGAGAAGUAAACACGUUUUGGCUUAAUUUUCCUUCUGUAAUUCUUAAUCUUUUCCAUAUUUCAAUCUCCGAUAAUUACAAUGGAAAGAUAUUUCAAAGUCAAAGAAGCAACCUUGUUCUAUUAAUUGGCCGGAUUCCAACGAAGAUCUCGCCCUCUCCAUGAUCUCCAAACCCUCUUUAAUUAUCAUCGCUUCUUUGAUUCAAUAAUUCUUUCCUCUACUUUCCGAUUUGCCCUUUGUUUCUUCAAAUCUGCUAUCCGGCUUAAUCUGUCGGCAUUCAUAGACACGACUAUUGCCAAGUGAUGAACUCGGGAACUCCAUCAUCCAGCGCCGCAGGAGCUGGAUCGGCCGAUUCGACUGCGCCUAGAAGGAAUUCCAAGCGCCCCAAGUAUUCGAGGUUUACUCAACAGGAACUUCCUGCUUGUAAGCCGAUACUUACUCCUAAAUGGGUGAUCGGAACAUUCUUGCUUGUUAGUGUUAUCUUUAUUCCCAUUGGUGUCGUCUCCCUCUUUGCCUCUCGAGAUGUGGUAGAAAUUGUUGAUCGGUAUGAGACGGAUUGUAUUCCUGAAGCUUUGAGAAAUGACAAGGUUGGAUUUAUUCAGAGCAAUCAAAACAAAACCUGCCAAAGAACUCUCAGGGUUCCAAAGAAUAUGAAGCAGCCGAUUUAUGUAUAUUACCAGCUUGACAAUUUCUAUCAAAACCAUCGGAGAUAUGUGAAGAGCCGAAGUGAUCAGCAGCUGAGGAAUAAUGGAAGUCUGCAGGAUACAAGUCCCUGUAAGCCUGAGGACAAUACAGCUAGUGGGCCUAUUGUUCCUUGUGGUCUUAUAGCAUGGAGUCUGUUUAAUGAUACUUAUGGCUUUACUCGCAAUAACCAACAACUUAAUGUGAACAAGAGAGAUAUCUCGUGGAAGAGUGAUAGGGAACACAAAUUUGGUAAAAACGUAUUCCCGAGAAAUUUUCAGAAUGGAACCCUGAAAGGUGGAGCCACUCUUAAGCCAGACGUGCCAUUGAGUGAGCAGGAGGACCUCAUUGUUUGGAUGCGAACUGCUGCACUUCCCACUUUCAGGAAAUUGUAUGGGAAGAUAGAAGUUGAUCUUCAACGUGAUGACGUCAUAAACGUGACAUUGGAGAACAAUUACAAUACUUACAGUUUCAGCGGCAAGAAGAAACUAGUUCUUUCUACCACAAGCUGGCUAGGAGGGAAGAAUGAUUUUGUGGGUAUUGCAUAUCUCACUGUUGGCGGACUAUGCUUCUUCCUGGCCUUGGUUUUCCUACUUAUUUAUCUAAUUAAACCAAGGCAACUUGGAGAUCCUUCAUAUUUGUCAUGGAACCGGAACCCAAGCGGUCACUAGUGCUAUAUAGCUUACGUUUGCGAUCAAAAUCUGAUAAACCCUUUCUUGGACAUCUGACGGUGGGGAUGAUGUGUGUAUAAACCUCGAUGAAGAGCUUUUUGAACAUUUGGUGCACAUUAUGUUGUAUGAGUUGAAUUUAUGCUAGUGAUCUCAAUAUGCCUAGAGCUGUAAAUCUAACUGAUUCUAUUUAUCGAUUAUCAACUGCAAGAUUUGCAUA